GGGAAAUAACUCUGUUGCUGCCAGGGACGCAAACUUGCCAACCAAAAGAAUUUGAUUGAGAAUGUCAUUUCCCGAUAUUCACAAAUGCAUGAAGUUAUCUUCAGAAAAUGAAGACUUGAAAAGAAAAUAUUUAAAGGUUAAAGAGCAAAGAGAUACAUACCAUAAAGAGCUACAAGAAUUCAAACAGAAACAGAAGAUUGAUAACCUUUUAAGGAGCUAUGUCACCACCAGGGAUACUAGUUGUCAGACAGAACCUGGAAGAUCAUGGCAGCCUAUAUGUUUUCAGAAAAAGAAAAGUGAAGAAGUUAAAGAAAAUGAUGUUGAUAAAACAAACAAACUGUUAUCUAUGCAUAAUCAGAUGAUGAGGAGAUAUGAGAAAGAAGUCAAAUUAAAUAUGUCACACAUGGAAACUAUUACAGAUCUAAAUAUACAAAUAAGUGAAUUAGAAAGAAAGCUAAUUGACGAGAGUGAGAAACAUAAAAAGACACAGAAAGAACUUUCAGAUCUUCAUGUUGGUAAACAUAAGAAAAUUGCACAGAAGAAAGAAGAUACAGAAGAUAAAUUUUUAAAUAUUAAGAAAGAAUGUGUAAAGGUAAAAAAAGAAAAUGAAAAGCUGAAGAAAGAAUUGAAAGGUUUAGAUUUGGGUUUCUUUGAAGAAAUAGAAGAUAUCAAAUUUGCAUUACAACAGUCAGCAAAACUAAACAAAGAAUAUGAACAGACAUUAAGAAAAAUGUGUGUAAAGUUUGGAAUUCCUUAUCCUCAUCCUGAGAAGAACAUUUUAGAUGACCGAUCUAAAUGGAAAUGACCUACUGGCAUUUGAUAAAUUAAUGGCAUUUUAAACUGUGAUAUAUUUAUUUUUACUAGAUUUUACAAUGAUAAGUUUGUAAAGAGCUGAAGUUGUGUUGUGGUUAUCAUGAAUUUAAUUAAUUAGACUCAUAUAAGUAGUGUUCUCUUAUAUUACCAGAUUUUAUUGACGUUAGAUUCUCUUCAGAAGUUUUGCAGGUGAUUCAGAAAGAGAGAAUUUGUAUUUUAUAGAUAAAUGAUAGU